UCAAAGUAAGUCAAGUGAGCUCUAGAAUGGAUCAAUGGCGUCCGGUGUAAGUGCCGUUCGAGCUUUCCGACCUCAACUUGCGGAUAAUAGUGAUGUAAGAUUUCUUAUUAAAAUCUCACCGUUUCCUUCUGCUUUUCUCUUCAAAUCUCAGACUCAUUUUUCUUUUCUUGCAUUUUCCACUUUCAUCAAGUAUCCUCUGUUUCAUACCAGGCCAUCGAAUUUACUAUUUUCACCCUUGCACCGUAACUAUGGAGAAAAGUAUGGCUCCUCGGGAGAGCGUUGGAAGCACGGGAAAUGUAUUGGAGAAGUUUGACAUUGUAAUUGUCGGCGCUGGACCGGUAGGAUUACUGCUUUCAACCUGUCUAGCACGUUGGGGUUACAAGAUCAAGCACAUCGACAAUAGACCAGAGCCAACCAAAACUGGAAGAGCAGAUGGUAUUCAACCUCGGUCCUUGGAUCUUUUACGAAACAUGGGGUUGAAAUCUGCUAUUAUGGCACACGAACCUGCAAAGGUUUACGAGGUCGCAUUUUGGGAUCCAACAGCUGGUGGAAAGGGAAUACACAGAACUGGAACAUGGGCGAGUUGUCCUAGCUUUAUUGACGCCAGAUACCCGUUCACGACCUUGCUGCAUCAAGGUUUGAUUGAAAGAGUAUUCAUCGCGGAUUUGGCGAAGCACAAUGUUCAGAUCGAGAGACCUUGGACAAUCACGGGGUUCAAGACGGAUGAGGGGGAAGAUUCCGAGUAUCCGGUAGAAGUGAACUUAGCACAAGUUGAAGGCAGUGAAAAGGAGACUGUCAGAGCAAAAUACCUCUUUGGUGGUGAGGGAGCAAGAUCAUUUGUGCGAGAACAAUUGAAAAUUGGGAUCAAGCACAAGGAUCCAAUCGCGCAUGUGUGGGGUGUUAUGGAUGGUGUGGUUCAAACAGAUUUCCCUGAUAUCAAGGUGAGUCAUCAUUCUUCAAUACAGUGUUUUAUGUUACUCUGCUAAUACGCUGAUAGAUGAAAUGCACUAUUCAUUCGGAUUUUGGAUCAAUAAUGGUCAUCCCACGAGAAGAUAACAUGGUUCGCCUUUACAUCCAGAUCGCAUCCUCGACCGACAAGGACUGGAACCCUAGGAAGACAGCAACGGAAGAGGAGGUACAGGCUUCUGCAAAGAAAAUACUACAACCUUAUAACAUUGAAUGGGAACGUGUAGAAUGGUUCUCUGUGUACCCAAUUGGUCAAGGCAUCGCCGACAAAUACACUCUUGAUCAUAGAGUUUUCCUGGGUGGUGAUGCCUGUCAUACACACAGCGUAAGUCAUCUCAAAUGUGCUCAUCUGGACAAUAGCUAACAAGCAACAGCCGAAAGCUGGACAGGGAAUGAACACAGCAUUCUUGGAUGCUCAGAACCUUGCCUGGAAGAUACACCACGUUGAAUCAGGAUUCGCUGAUCGAUCUAUUCUUCAUUCAUACGAGGCCGAAAGGAAAAAGGUUGCUGAAAACUUAUUGGACUUCGACGCGAAAUACGCAGCUCUAUUUUCACAAAAGGCCCCAGCUGCCAAGGACGUUGAGGCAGCCACACAUCAAGGAGCAGAACACACAAGCCUGGAGAGAGAAGAAAACGAAUUCAUCAAGACAUUCAAAGAGUCCUGUGAAUUUACCAGCGGUUACGGAGUGGCAUAUAAUCCCAACUCACUAAACUGGUCAUCAUCCCAUCCAGCACAAUCGAGCGUCAUAAAUCCAAAGGGUAAUAAGCUCCGAACCGGUCGUAUUCUCACCAAUUCCAAUGUUACACGAGUCACAGACGCCAAUGUUGUUCACCUCGAGCAAGAGAUUCCUGUCAAUGGUUCAUUCCGAGUAUACGUUUUUGCAGGAAAGCCGGCAACUACUAAACAGGCACUUAAUGAUUUUGCACAAAACCUUACCAAGAAUGGUUCAUUCCUCUCAACAUACUUGCGAUCAGACAUCGAUACCGUAUCUUAUCACGAACGUCACAACCCCCACAGUCACUUCUUCACCUUUUGCACCAUUUUUGCCGAGAAGAGGCAAAACAUUGAGAUUGCACGAGAUGUUCCGAAGACUCUGGCUAGAUAUAGUGAUCACGUCUAUGCAGAUGAUAUUUGGGAUCGUAUGGUACCAGAUGCUAAAGCUUCGAGUCAUAGCAAGAUGGGAUUAGAUGAAGAAAAGGGAGGCAUCGUGGUUGUUAGACCGGAUGGGUAUGUAGGAAUUGUUGUAAGCUUGGAAGCAGGCAGCGCAACAGUUGAUGCACUAAAUGAGUAUUUUGGAGCUUUUUGUUCGAAGGAACUUGGAGAGUCGAGACCAAAUUUGUGAGAAUAAUUGUAUAUUAGCAUAGCACACGUUGUACGAUUUGAUGGCAAUGAUGGACGGGAUUAGAAUAGAAUUUGGUUAAAAUCUAGGCUCAUGCAUAGAUAGAAUAUUUACCUGUAAAUCAGUUUAAAUAGAUAAAGA